AUGGAUUUUGACUACUUGAUUUCUAAAUAUUUAGAAGAAACAGAUUACACUAGCUGGAGUUUGAUAAAUAUAAUGCAUUAUGUUGCGGAUUUGAUCAAUUUAACUGAUGAAUGUUUUGAAGAAUUUAUAGAUUCGUUGAGAUCUGCUUUAUACAAAAAAAUUCAACAAAAGAACAACCUUAAAUCUGCAAAGAAUAAGGCUCAAAAAAUUUUUAAAAAUCUCAAUCCAUCAGUCAGAAAUCAGAAAGAAAUAAAAAAUUUUUUGCUUGGAGAAGAACUAAAAUUUGGACAAAUUUUAUAUGAUACAAAUGUUGGAUUAAGUGUCAUGGAAGAUAAAACUAUUAAAGUACAGAUAAGUAAUUCUGAGUAUAGAGAUUUCAUAACUCAAAAAUUAGAAUCAGACAAAAAUAAUGGGUUGAAUGAUUAUACGCCUUAUCCAACAAUGAAUGAUUAUGAUUUGGAGGGAAAUGUGGCAGAGUCAGAAAAAGAUUUUUGCAAUACUAAAUCUAUCAUUGAAAAUGUUGAUGAAGCUUUAUUAUCAGAUGAAGUCCCAUUACCAUCGAAAAACACUGAUGAUAAAACUUCAGAGGGGAUCAUUGAUCCAAAUACUAUUGAAUUAUUUCAUAAAUACCAAAAACAAAUACCAAAUGCACAUAAAGUGCUGACAUUUGGCAAGUUGGACAAAUGUUUAUUUCCAGUAGAUGAGGAAGACUUGAAAAUGUUGGAAGAUUUGAAAUCACUUGAAUCGGAAAAAAUAAUUAAAAAAAUAAUGCAAGAUAAUACAAAGAACAAAAGAAGAUGCAUUGAGACAGAAAAUAGUCCUCAUUUAAAUAAGAAUCAAACUCCUACAAAAUAG